UCUCCUCGUCCCCCAGAUACCCUCCCUUGUAACAAAUCUACAAAGUAUAUUUUUCACCGUUUUUAAAGCAUGCGCCAAUUAUUUUAUUCCCUUCCAAGUCAAAUCCUCCCAAACUAUCCUUUCCUCGAUUUCCCCUCCCGUUCCUUAAAUAUCCCCUCCUCCCCGCCCCUCCCUCCUCCUCUCCCUUCCCAAACUCUCCAUAAGAAAAGCCAAAGAUAGAUAGAAGCAAACUCUAUAUUUCUUUCCAAUCUCUCCUAAGAGAAGCCAAAGAUACAUAGAAGAAGGAGAAGAAGAAUGGGAGUUAUGAUAUUACCGUUGGAGGAGGAGGAGGAGGAGGAGGAUAAGAAGAGGAGGAACACGUUUAGCAUAAACGAUAACGUGGAUUUAUUGGUGGAGAUACUGGGGAGGCUGGACGGGAGGUCGCUAGGGGUGGCAGCGUGCGUGUGCAAGCUGUGGAGCAGCGUGUGCCGGAAGGACAGCGUAUGGGAGGCGCUGUGCAACCGACACGUGGCGGGGGGAGGGGGUGGGCCGGGGACCCGAUCCGUGGUGGCGGCCCUGGGCGGGUACCGCCGGCUUUACCGUCUCUGCGUCGGGCCGGUGCUCGACCGCCUCGCCGGCGGCCCGGGACUGGCCGGGUGGGCCGCCACCCGCGAGGAGGCGGCCCACCUCUCCCUCUCCCUCUCCCUUUCCCUCUCCCUCUUCUCCAUCGACUGCUACGAGCGGCUCGGCGGCCCCCGGCAACGGCCGGCGUCGCUGCUCUUCCUCUGCAAGCCCGUCAACGUGUCGUGAUAUCGGCGGUCCGGUGUCUCGUGAUCGCUCUCGUAUGGAGUUGGUGCCCAUUGGGCUUUGGGUGGGGUUUUGGACAUUGAGGGGGGUGCAGGAUAAGUCGGGUGUGCCCUCGAUCCAUCAUACUGCAAUUUUGUUAAUUAUAUUAUUGUUUUGAUAUUAGUAUCAGCUAGUAUUAUAAGAGCAAAUAAUUAUUUAGCUGUCUCCUUUUUUGUCUUAAUAUAAUCUCUUCUCUUUUUUUGUUCA